UUCGUAUCGCGUCUGAUCUACACCGCGUCGAGUGAAUCCUUAUGGGGACUGAGAGAAAAUGUCCUCUUAUUGAGAGCGUGUUUUGAAGUGGGAUAUCGUUCGCGAGAUGAUGUUUCAUCUGUGAGUGGAUUUGCGCUUUAGAAGCUCAUCAAUCCAGAAGAAUGCUGGUGGGAAAUGCCUGUCGACAGAGAGGACGAGAUUUGUCAAAAAGCGCUAGAACUCUUGUCGGAUCUUUGUUCUAAGGGGGAGGUGCAGAACGAAAACUGUUUGGAUUUCAUUUAUUAUUUUCGAGACCUUGCCAGACCCAGGUAUCCGGACUCAGAAAUAUCUGUGAGCCUCCUGUCAUUGGUGGUGACUGCCUGUGGCCUGGCCCUGUUUGGAGUCUCUCUCUUCGUCUCAUGGAAAUUGUGCUGGAUUCCAUGGCGCGAGCGAGGCCUCACUCCCGGGAUCAAGGAGGGACAUCCAGGCCCACCACACCCUCCUCCUCCACCCCUCCAACCCCAGACCAUAUACACCGAGGUGAAUGCCACCCUCGACCGCCGGAAUAAUGCACGGGGUUCUGUAGCUAAGGAGACUACUGUGCCGCCCACUCCAGUUUCUCCAGCAGUUCCGGCAUCUCCAACUGCCGUGCCUGUGCCUGAGGCAGCACUCAAGAUAAGCCACACAUCCCCUGAUAUUCCAAUGGAGGUUGAGUCCAAGACUCAAGAGAAUGGUGUCCAUGGCAACACACGCAUGCAGAGGCAAAUCACGGAUCCCUCCUUGACCUGUGUCAGGCAAAGUUCAAUUAGGCGUCAGAUGAAUCAGUCUAACCCUGACUUCACAGUGACUCAGUUCCAGAGGCAGGACUCUCUGACGGGCAUGAGUCUGGGCCAGCUAAAACCAGAACUCUACAAACAGCGAUCCAUGGACGGCGAAGACAACCGAAGCAGUCGAGUGGGCAGCUGUGGACGCCUACACUUUAUUCUUAAAUAUGACUGUGACCUGGAGCAGCUCAUUGUCAAGAUCCACCGAGCCCAAGACCUCCCAGCCAAGGACUUCUCUGGGACCUCUGACCCAUAUGUAAAAAUCUACCUUCUCCCAGACCGCAAAACCAAGCACCAAACCAAGGUGCACCGUAAGACUUUAAACCCUGUGUUUGAUGAGGUGUUCCUCUUUCCUGUGGCAUACGCAGAUCUGCCCACAAGAAAGCUGCACUUCAGUGUGUACGAUUUUGACCGUUUUUCACGCCACGAUAUUAUUGGGCAGGUGGCGGUUGACAACUUUCUGGACCUUGUCGACUUUCCCAGGGAGACCAAGCUCUGCAUGGACAUCCAGUAUGUUUCUUCGGAUAAUGUGGAUCUGGGCGAUUUGAUGUUUUCUCUGUGCUACCUGCCUACUGCUGGACGUCUGACCAUCACCAUGAUCAAAGCACGAAAUCUGAAAGCCAUGGACAUCACUGGAGCUUCAGAUCCUUAUGUGAAGGUUUCUCUGAUGUGUGAAGGGAGAAGAUUGAAGAAGAGAAAAACUUCUACCAAGAGGAACACAUUAAACCCAGUGUACAAUGAGGCCAUAGUGUUUGAUGUUCCUCCAGAAAACAUUGACCAAAUCGGCCUUCUGGUAGCUGUUAUGGACUAUGACCGUGUAGGUCACAAUGAAGUCAUAGGUGUGUGUCGAGUAGGUAAUGACGGCGAGGGUUUGGGCAGAGAACACUGGAAUGAGAUGUUGACUUACCCACGCAAACCCAUCGCACACUGGCACCCUCUCGUCGAGUAUCACAGUACCGGAGGGGGAAGCCAGGGGGGCUCCUGCAAUUCACUGAAGGCUCCUCCAUCUCCUUAGCCUGAGGUCCACAUUCUCAUCUUCAGACCAACAGCAGGAGGAGAGAAUUCCUGUUUAUGGCCUGCUCUGGGAUCCAGAAGUACAGAGAGUUCCACAGAUGGCACACUGUUUUCUUCGACCUGUGCACUUGGAAUCUGUUCCACUGCAUGGGGACACUUGAUUGUUUCAGAUGCAUGUUGAAUGGUCACAUACUGUAUGGUUAUUCUGUGUGACUCAUGGUGAAAUUGGAAAGAAAAAUUGUGGGGAAAAAAUGUCAUUCUCCAAGUUUCCAUUCAAAGUCAAUGUUUUCUAAAUCAGUCUUGGUACUUGUUUUUAAACGGAGUGUCGACGUGUCACUCAAAGCUCUUAUGGUCAGAUUGUCGAUUUUCCUUUUUUUAUUCCCUCCCACUGUGCAUGUGUGUGUUUUGGUGUGGUACAGUUCAAGAUGUUCUCUGUUUCUGUUUUGAAAUACUCUGUGGAUUUUGUCAUAAAGCGUUAUGGUGAUGAA